AUGCAGCGGGCCAAGAUGCGACCGCUGCUGCUCUUCCUAGCCAUGUUUGCUGCUGCCGGAGCCAAAUUAUUCGCGGACGAGUCGUCAGAAGAUACACCACUCGUGAUGAAUGUGCCGGUGGAUCCGAACGCUAUGAUCAGGGUUGCACGAUUUGAGCCAUACCGCAAGCGAAGGACUGCCUUAGAAAUGUAUACCUCGAUUAUUCUGAUUGCACUUAUACUUAUUUCAUUUACCAGUUGUCAAUGGGGUGGAGAUAAUCAAGAAGGUGGUGAAGGAAGUGGUGGCGGACGACGAGGUGGAGGAGGUCGAGGAGGUGGAAACGGUGAAGGAAGAGGCGGAGGUGGACGCGGUGGUGGAGGUCGCGGCGGAGCUGGCGGAGAACCAGGUGGAGGUGGUGGAGGAGGUGCUGGAGGAGGUGACUGGGAGAACGAAGGAGGUGGUGGAGGUGGACGAGGUGGUGGAGGUGGACGAGGUGGUGGAGGCCGCGGUGGAGGUGGUGGAGGAGGUGAUGAUUGGGAAAACGAAGGAGGUGGAGGAGGUGGACGAGGUGGUGGAGGCCGCGGCGGAGGUGGUGGAGGACGAGGUGGAGGUGGUGGAGGUCAGGGAAGUUGGAAUGGACAACAAGGUGGAUGGCAAGGAGGAGGCGGAGGACCAGGUCGAGGAGGAUGGAGUGGAGGUGGUCGCGGAGGAUGGGGUGGCGGCGGUGGUUUGGGAGGCUGGGGCGGUCGAGGACCGGGAGGUUGGAGUCCUGGAGGAAGAGGAGGUUGGCCACCACAUCGUGGCGGUUUUGGUGGACCCAGAGGUGGCGACUGGGGAAGACCCAGAGGCUACGGAGCUCCGAGGGUCGGUGAAGGUGAAGUUGGAGGAAAUGGGGAAGGAUCACGAGGUGGAUAUGGGGAGAAUUGGCAAGGAGGAGGACAGGGUCAAGGAGGCUAUGGUGGACAGCAACAAGGCGCGUGGCAGGCAGGGAACGGAGGCCAAGCUCAAGGAGGCUACGGUGUCCAACAAGGAGAUGCGUGGCAGGCAGGAAACGGAGGCCAAGCUCAAGGAGGCUAUGGUGUUCAGCAAGGAGGUGCAUUGGAGCAGGCAGGAAAUGGAGGACAAGGAGGCUACGGUGUCCAACAAGGAGGCUCGUGGCAGGGAAAUGCAGGUCAAGGAGGCUAUAAUGGGCAAGGAACCGCAUGGCAGGGAGACAAGGAGGUUAUGGGGUGCAACAAGGAGGCACGUGGCAAGGAGGAGCUCAAGGAGGGUGGAGCGAAAGCGGGCAUGAAAGAUGGAGUGGCGCCGGCAGUCCCGGCAGUUGGGGCGGGCGAAGUCCCUGGGGUUGGGGCGGCCAUGGUUAUGGAGGAUGGCACCCAAGAGGUUUUUGGUCACAUGGCUAUGGUUGGGCUGGAAGAGGUUGGCGGUGGGGAUGGCUGUAUUAAGACAUCAACGGAAGAAAACCGCUACCUCGAUGUUCCACCCGAUAGUGAUUGA